UUUCCGGCGGAAGCGGCCUCAACAAGGGAAACUUUAUUGUUCCCGUUGGGGCGGCGAGGAUGUCGGUGAAUUACGCGGCGGGGCUGUCGCCGUAUGCAGACAAGGGCAAGUGCGGCCUCCCCGAGAUCUUCGACCCCCCGGAGGAGUUGGAGCGGAAGGUGUGGGCGCUGGCGGAGCUGGUCUGGCAGUCCUCCAACGUGGUCGUCCACACGGGCGCCGGCAUCAGCACCUCCUCGGGCAUCCCCGACUUCAGGGGCCCGCAUGGCGUCUGGACCAUGGAAGAGCGGGGACUGUCCCCCAAGUUCGACACCACCUUUGAGAACGCCCGGCCCUCGCGGACCCACAUGGCGCUGGUGCAGCUGGAGCGGGUGGGCCUCCUCCGCUUCCUGGUCAGCCAGAAUGUGGACGGGCUGCACGUGCGCUCUGGCUUCCCCAGGGACAAGCUGGCUGAGCUCCACGGAAACAUGUUUGUAGAAGAAUGUGUCAAGUGUAAGACGCAGUACAUCCGGGACACGGUUGUAGGCAGCAUGGGCCUUAAAGCCACCGGCCGGUUCUGCACUGUGGCCAAGGCCCGGGGGCUGCGGGCCUGCAGGGGGGCGCUGAGAGACACCAUCCUGGACUGGGAGGACGCCCUGCCCGACCGGGACCUCACCCUUGCUGAUGAGGCCAGCAGGAACGCCGACCUGUCCAUCACCCUGGGCACCUCGCUGCAAAUCCGGCCUAGCGGGAACCUGCCGCUGGCCACCAAGCGCCGGGGCGGCCGGCUGGUCAUCGUCAACCUCCAGCCCACCAAACACGACCGCCACGCCGACCUGCGCAUCCACGGCUACGUCGAUGACGUCAUGACGCAGCUCAUGAAGCACCUGGGGCUGGAGAUUCCCACCUGGGACGGCCCCCUCGUGCUGGAGAGGGCGCUGCCGCCCCUGCCCCGCCCGGCCGCCCCCAAGCUCGAGCCCAAGGAGGAGCGCCCUGCCCGACUCAACGGCUCAGCGUCCCCCAGCCCCGAGCAGGACCCCAAGCUGGAGUCCCAAGCCCAGCGCAAUGGCUCCGGGCCCACGAGCCCCAAGCGGGAGUGGCCAGACACCCCUCCCCUCCGCAGGCCCCCGAAAAGGGUGAAGGCCGAGGGGGUCCCCAGCUGA